AUGACCCCCCGGGUCUAUAUCCUCAUCCGUCCCUCCUUCUAUCUCACCCAAGCCGCGGCAUUCAUCCUCCUCCUCAUGACGACGCUCUCCGUCUUGGCGAUCCCCGAGAUCGCUCUCCUCCGUCUCGAACAGCACGGCGAGUGGGCUGCCGACUUGGGCGUGUUCGGCCUAUGUUUCCGCAGCAAUGGCACAAGCACACACUGUACCCGCGCCUCGGUCGGGUAUGCUCUCCCGUUCCACAUUGAAGGCAUGCCGUCCGCUGCUCUGGUGGUGAAUCCCGUGGCGGCGGGGUUGGUCGGACUCGCAAUGGUGGUGUCGAGUGCGUAUUUUAUGAAUAUCGUCGCGGCGGUCGUAGCCGUGCUCGCUCUCGCUGUCAACGUCGCCUUCGUGAUGCCUAUUCUCCUUGUCGCCCUCUUCGUGAGUCGACUGCCAGGGCCCAGCACCGACGAGGAAGCCAGUGCAGGGAGCGCCAUGUCCGAUACCACGGUUUCCAGCGACGAGACCCCAAGCCCGUCAAGGAGGCCGAGUCUCAAGUGA